AUGAGCUUUCGCCGAGCUAUCGAACUAACUCUGCAAACCCUUCACGAGCAGGGUGAGUGCACUAGCAAGCAGGAUGUUCAAUGCGAUUGCCCUACCGGUAAGACGGGGCCCAAUUGCGAAGAUGACUGUAAGUUGCCAGCCAAUUGUCUCGAAGGCGAUGCUAGUACCUGCCAGUUCGACGCUCUCGAUUUGAGCUUCGGAGCCGUUUGCACGGCUUGUAACGAAGGGUUUUAUCUGCAGGACAGUAUCUGCAUACCAUGCACGACAUGUCCUGGCAAUGCUUUGCCUAUCGAAGCAUGUACUGUUACUGAAGAUGCGGUGUGCGCGUGUGAUGCAGGUAAAUCAGGCUCAGCCUGUAACAUAAACUGUGAAGUUCCAGUAGGUUGCUCGGGUCUAAAUCUUAGCACAACCGUAUGCCAAUAUAGCCUGGACUCGGGUACUAAAGGAAUUGAAUGCACCGGCUGUAGCUCUGGCUUCUACCACCGACAAGACAACAAACAGUGUGCACAAAUCACUGAGUGCAACUUCAAUAACGAGUUUGAGAUAACUUCAUUCAAUGAGACAGCCGACAGAGUUUGUCAGUCGGUUCAGACUUGUCACGCUGGUCUGGAUGGGACUGGAACUUACACCUAUUCGAUGUUUACGAAAACCAAGGAUACCGUGUGUCGAUCAUGCACUCAGAGCUCAUCGUGCGUAGAUGGAAAACUGGUAUCAGAGUGUACCGAUGACUUCGACAUAAUCUGCGAGUCGUGUGCAGAAGAUUAUAGCGGAAAUGCGUGCGGAUAUGUUAAUGUGGCAUUCCAGACCCAAAUGUCGGCGCAGGGUGUGCUCAAUCAGACCGAAAUACUUUUGAAUUCGUGGUCCAGCGGAAGUGACAUAGAAAUACACGUGGCCGAGAACCGUCGCCGCGCCGAAGAUGGUGUCGUGACACUCAACUUUACACGCUCGUCUGCCGAUGUUUUGGAGUACGCUAUGCAGUCAACGAACAACCGAGCUUCUCUUGCCGCAACAACCGAAUCCACUGCUCUUCGGAUCGCGAACGAGGAACCAGUGGAUUUGGAUACGAAGUACGUACCCUAG